GGCAUGUGCCUUGCUUCAUUGGAAGCGUGCACCGAAUAAAUCGCCCCAAUAUAUCGCUGGCAUCACGGUAUUGGACCGUCGUGGAACGUGGCGUGACGUCGGAGCUAAGAUGCGAGGUGCAAAGUGAAGUCCGGAGCCUUUGGUGUUUCUUCUCUGACAGCGGCCACGGAGACCGACUACCAGCGAUGUGUGUCUUGAAGUGUGGACUGGUUGACACGAAGGUGAUGAUGCUAGGAAGGGACAAACUCCGAGCCCAAGUCGCAGGGCAGCUAUUUCAAGGUUGCCGGAUACCGCUCUUGGCAGCCAACCUGAUGGCAAGACGUGCAGGACGAAACCAGCACCACGGCGGCAAUUUUCCUGCAGCCGAUACAUGCGGUGAUCCUGGCUGCGUCUGCAUGGGCGAAUAUCCUUGGUUGCUUGCAUGGCAGCUUGCAUCUCUACCCGCAUCCCUACCUUCCGACAACGGCCCUCCUGUCGUGGUUCCCCUUGUCGAAUUUGGCGUCCCCGACUCGGCUGCCACGCAGGUCGGGCCCGGUGCUCCGGAGUUCGGGGCCGGCUCGCUCUUCAUUGGGACGCUUACGGGGAGCAGCCAGGAUGGCCUCAUCGUCGACAUACUGUGCGGUUCUUAUCUACUAUGUGCAUACAUACACGGGACAUGAUACACAGGAGAGGAUAUCAGAAGUGAUGGUAAGGCUGGGGGCCUCUUGGGCG